UUCGAGCUGGUGUUAGCUGCGGGGUGAGGCACCUUCAAAUUUCGGAAAAUGUCGACUAAUGUCGUAAUAGCAAUAAUGACUUUCGGUUAACGCAUUCGAAUUAUUGCGAAUUAAUUUGACCUAAUUGUAAUGUCAGUGACGAUAAAAUGGAGAUUGGCUGUGUUUUAGUUUUUUCUCCAUCAAAUUGCGCACAUUUUUGCAAUGGACUCGACGUUGUAUUGUCCCGGGCUGCAGUAUGAUCUUCGUGAAACACCGUGCAACAAUCGUUUGUGGUCGGUCUCCGCAUAUAGCAGAGGCGACUCGACCGGGGGGUGCGCAUGGCAAUCGUCGCUUAACGCGACAGCGACCGUGAUGAGUACUGGGGGGGGCGGGGGGGCGGGGUCCGUGACGAACCCCCCGGAGGUGCAGGGGGCGGGGGCCCGCCCCCCAGGUCAGCAACAACAAACGCAAGCUCCCAAAAGGCCCCCGCGGCGGGUCCAGAAGCCACCACCGGAUAGACCCAAGCGCGCCCUCUUCUGUCUGUACCUUAAGAACCCUAUUAGGAAACUCUGUAUCGAUGUAGUGGAGUGGAAACCAUUCGAAUGGUUAAUUCUAAUGACAAUUUUUGCAAACUGUGUGGCAUUGGCUGUUUAUACACCCUUUCCUAAUGGCGAUUCUAACACGACAAACGCGUAUUUGGAGAAGAUCGAAUAUAUAUUUUUAGUGAUAUUCACCGCUGAAUGUGUCAUGAAAAUAAUCGCGUACGGAUUUUUGAUGCAUCCAGGGGCGUAUUUGCGCAAUGGAUGGAAUUUACUCGACUUUACCAUCGUAGUUAUAGGCAUGAUAAGUACGGCUCUAUCGUUUCUAACAAGGGAUAGUUUUGACGUAAAAGCUCUGCGGGCGUUCAGAGUCUUGCGUCCUUUGAGACUGGUUUCUGGAGUUCCGAGCUUGCAAGUUGUAUUAAAUUCUAUUCUUCGCGCCAUGGUGCCUUUAUUACAUAUUGCCCUUUUAGUAUUGUUUGUUAUUAUUAUUUAUGCGAUUAUCGGAUUAGAGUUAUUCUCAGGACAAAUGCACAAGACUUGUUAUACCAAUAAUAGUGACGGUGUGAUGGAAGCAAUGGAAGAUCCACACCCUUGUGGCGACGGAUUUAAUUGCCGCCAGAUAGGGCCGAAAUAUGAUUGCGGGUUUGAAUACGAAGGUCCCAGCGCCGGCAUUACAAAUUUUGAUAAUUUUGGUUUAGCGAUGUUGACCGUGUUUCAGUGUAUUACUUUAGAAGGCUGGACCGACGUGCUUUAUAAUAUACAAGACGCACUAGGUAGAGAAUGGCAAUGGUCAUAUUUCGUGUCGAUGGUUAUAUUAGGGGCAUUUUUCGUAAUGAACUUGAUUCUUGGUGUUUUAAGCGGAGAGUUUUCCAAAGAAAGAGAAAAGGCGAAAGCCAGAGGCGAUUUUCAUAAGCUCCGGGAAAAGCAGCAGCUCGAAGAAGAUCUGAGGGGCUAUUUAGAUUGGAUAACGCAAGCGGAGGAUAUCGAACCAGAAGGGGAAGACCAACAAAACCAAGAAGUACGGAACACGAUGACCAACGAAAUGGCCUCCACGGAUCAGUUAGGGGAGGAAGAGUUUCAGCAAGAUUCGUGGUUUAGUAAAAAGAAGAAAGAUUUUGACCGAGUUAAUAGGAGGAUGAGGAGGGCUUGCAGAAAAGCGGUGAAAUCGCAAACCUUCUAUUGGCUUAUUAUUGUUUUAGUAUUUUUGAACACCGGCGUAUUAGCGACGGAACAUUACGACCAACCGCACUGGUUAGAUGAUUUUCAAGAAUAUACGAACAUGUUUUUUAUCGCCCUAUUCACCCUAGAGAUGUUGUUAAAAAUGUACAGCUUAGGUUUCCAAGGUUAUUUCGUAUCUUUAUUUAAUCGUUUCGAUUGUUUCGUUGUUAUCGGCAGCAUAACUGAAAUGGUUUUAACUCAUACCAACGUUAUGACUCCUUUAGGUAUAUCCGUGUUACGUUGCGUUAGAUUAUUGAGAGUAUUUAAAGUUACAAAAUAUUGGAGGUCGCUAUCCAAUUUGGUAGCGUCGUUGUUAAACUCUAUCCAAUCGAUAGCAUCUUUGUUACUUCUACUAUUUUUGUUCAUUGUUAUCUUUGCCUUAUUGGGAAUGCAGGUUUUUGGCGGACGAUUUAAUAAGAAGUUCGAGGAAAAGAGCAGAUACAAUUUCGAUAGCUUUUGGCAGAGUUUACUAACUGUUUUUCAGAUAUUAACCGGCGAAGAUUGGAACGUUGUUAUGUAUAAUGGAAUAGAGGCUUAUGGCGGAGUCAAGGGUUUUGGUGCUUUAGCCUGUAUAUAUUACAUAAUUCUCUUUAUAUGUGGCAACUAUAUUCUGCUGAAUGUGUUCUUGGCCAUCGCCGUUGAUAACUUAGCCGACGCGGAAUCGUUAACAGCGAUAGAGAAGGAAGAAGAGGAGCAGCAACAGCAGCAGCAGCAACAACAAGAGGAAAACACGUCGAAGAGUCCGUCUCCGAAUCAGGAAGAAGAAGAAGAAGAAGAGGUCGAGGAGGAAGAAGAACACAGCAUCGAAGAGGAAGAAAUCGAUGACGGUCAAUAUUCGGAAAGAUCUGGACACGACGAGGAAGCCGAAUCCCACACAAAAAUCGCAAUCGAAGCCGAACAAGAGCAAAACGAGGAGGAGUAUGACAUAGACGACGACAUGGUGGUCGUUCCGAAAGAGUCAGCUAGACCUCGUCGACUCUCAGAAGUCACGAUCGUAAAGAAAGUCCGACCGAUACCGAAAGGCAGUGCUUUCUUUAUUUUUUCUUAUAAAAACAGGUUCAGGGUAAUGUGCCACUGGUUGUGCAAUCAUUCGUACUUCGGAAAUAUAAUUUUGGUUUGCAUUCUGGCGUCGUCGGCGUUUUUAGCACUCGAAGACCCGAUUCCGGAAAAAAACAGUACUAAAACCGAAAUAUUGUUGAAGUUCGAUUAUAUUUUCACGUUCAUCUUUUCCGUCGAACUGCUACUAAAAACUAUUUCUUACGGUUGCAUCUUACACAAAGGUGCCUUCUUCAGGUCCGCGUUUAACGUUUUGGACCUGGUCGUCGUCUGCGUAUCAGUCAUGUCCAUUGUCAACAGCCAGAGUGCGAUGUCGGUGGUGAAGAUUUUGCGAGUUUUGCGUGUGUUGAGACCGCUGAGAGCGAUAAACCGGGCCAAAGGAUUAAAGCAUGUAGUCCAGUGCGUGAUUGUAGCGGUAAAGACCAUCGGCAACAUAGUGCUGGUUACUUGUCUGCUACAGUUCAUGUUCGCGGUAAUCGGAGUCCAGUUGUUUAAGUAUGUAGUGAAAUGCGUGAUAGUAGCCAUUAAGACGAUCGGCAAUAUCAUGCUGGUUACCUACCUCCUGCAGUUCAUGUUCGCUGUGAUCGGAGUGCAGCUCUUCAAGGGAAAGUUUUCGCACUGUACCGACGGUUCAAAGCUCACCGCCGCUGAAUGCAAUGGAACUUACUUGGUGUACGUUGAAGGCGAUAUUAAUAAACCAGAGAUGAAGAAUAGAGAAUGGGAACCAAAUAGAUUUCACUUUGACAAUGUCGCCAAAGCUAUGUUAACGUUGUUUACUGUAUCGACAUUUGAGGGUUGGCCGGGGUUGUUGUACGUUUCUAUAGACUCAAACGAAGAAAACAAAGGACCAAUACACAAUUACCGCCCCAUCGUAGCUACAUACUAUAUUAUAUACAUUAUUAUUAUCGCGUUUUUUAUGGUUAAUAUUUUCGUUGGUUUCGUUAUCGUCACAUUCCAGAACGAGGGUGAACAAGAAUAUAAAAAUUGCGAAUUAGAUAAAAAUCAACGCAACUGCAUCGAAUUCGCGUUGAAAGCGAAACCAGUCAGACGAUACAUUCCGAAACACCGCAUUCAAUACAAAGUGUGGUGGUUUGUCACUUCGAAACCAUUUGAAUAUGCGAUAUUCACGUUGAUCAUCAUUAAUACAAUCACUCUGGCUAUGAAGUUUCACGGACAACCUGAUUAUUACGGCAAUAUUCUCGAUUACUUGAACAUGAUCUUCACGGCCGUUUUCGCAAUGGAAUUUGUCUUCAAGCUGGCCGCUUUUAGGGCAAAGAAUUAUUUUGGAGACGCCUGGAAUGGUUUCGACUUUGUAAUCGUCCUCGGAAGUUUUAUCGACAUCGUUUACCAAGAUUUCACACCGCACGGCCAAAAGAAAAUCAAGUUUUCCGGCAAUUUCUUUCGACUGUUCCGAGUAAUGAGACUUAUAAAACUCCUAAGUAGAGGAGAAGGUAUAAGAACGCUUUUGUGGACUUUCUUCAAGUCAUUCCAAGCCUUGCCGUAUGUAGCUCUCCUGAUCGUCAUGUUGUUCUUUAUCUACGCGGUAAUUGGAAUGCAAAUGUUUGGGAAAAUAGAAAGUAACGAUCUAAACUCUGACUCGUCCAUAACGAGAAAUAAUAACUUUGCGUCGUUCUUUCAAGCAGUUUUGGUGUUGUUUCGUUCUGCCACAGGCGAAGCCUGGCAAGAAAUUAUGAUGGAUUGCGCUGAUACCGAAAGGGCUAAAUGUGAUAAAAGGCUCGAUCCCAAAGAAUGGCGUUUAUGCGGUUCGGAUACGGCUUACCCGUAUUUCAUUUCUUUCUACGUGCUGUGUUCAUUUUUGAUUAUUAAUUUAUUCGUAGCAGUUAUAAUGGACAAUUUCGAUUAUCUAACAAGAGAUUGGUCUAUUUUGGGUCCCCACCAUCUUGACGAAUUUAUAAGGUUAUGGAGCGAAUACGAUCCAGACGCGAAGGGUCGCAUUAAACAUUUAGAUGUCGUAACACUUCUUCGUAAAAUUUCACCCCCGUUAGGUUUCGGUAAGCUUUGCCCUCAUCGGGUGGCUUGUAAGCGUUUAGUGUCCAUGAACAUGCCAUUAAAUAGUGACGGAACUGUGCUUUUUAACGCUACUUUAUUCGCGGUUGUUCGGACUUCACUCAGAAUUAAAACCGAAGGCAAUAUAGACGAAGCGAACGCCGAAUUGCGAGCGGUUAUUAAAAAAAUUUGGAAGAGGACCAGUCCGAAGUUGCUCGACCAAGUGGUUCCUCCGCCAGGAGUAGACGACGAAGUGACAGUCGGGAAAUUUUACGCCACUUUCCUCAUUCAAGACUACUUCAGACGGUUCAAGAAAAGAAAAGAGCAAGAAUUAAAGGAGGUGGACAAAGAGCAACACAAUACCGUUACGCUUCAAGCUGGUUUGAGAACGUUACACGAAGCAGGACCGGAGCUGAAGCGUGCUAUUUCCGGAAAUCUCGACGAACUCGUGGACGAUAAUCCGGAACCAAUGCACCGCCGAAAUCAUUCACUUUUUGGAAGUGUCUGGUCGUCAAUGAAACGUGGGCACAGUUUCAACCGUGCAAAAUCUUUGAAAGUGAAUUCCACCCAGAUCAAAAUUACUCCGGCUUCAAGCAUGGACUAUCUUCCAUACAAUUCUAUUAAAAGCGCCGUUACGGAAGGGAUGAAUCACAUUACUUCCAUGACCAAAAACGUCGUUCAAAACAGAACCAGUGCCACAUCUUUAAACAAUCAAGAUAGAUAUAGGGAUGAAGAAAUUCCACUUAGGUCGUUAACUAAUCUUCACAAUGGUGAUACCGAGAAAAAUACCUACACAGUGAUUGACCUGCAGGACGACAACCAGGAGUUGAUGCCUCCGACUCCACCUCCCCGACGGGUUCAACUCAGUCUGGGAGGUCUAGGAGGAGGCUGCAUGUCCUCGUCGUCAUCGCCAGUGGCCGCCACCGCCGAGAACGCUAGCGCAUCUUCGCCCGGCUUUAGUCGUAUCGCAAGUGGCCUGAAGCUAGCACAAGCACAAGCAAUGGCCGUCGCAGGGUUCUUGCCCGCACCGCUUAACUGGUCCUGCGGUAGCAACGGCAACGACGUUGGAAUGGGCCUUUACCCGAUGCGAAAUUUGGAUAUCCAAUCGGGAUCGGACGGGCGGCAUGCGCGUUGCUCCCUUCUAAAUCAUAGGGCUUCCUUCCACGGCAGAGUUCCAGCAUCUCCCACUGAACCUAACGGUCACGUGGGAGCAGAAAGACUCACCCAUUCACUGCCGGGAAGCCCAGCGGAAAGAAGACCAGCUUCUUUCGAGGUAGUUGGAUCGGCUGAAAGUCUUGUUGGACGUAUAUUGGCCGAACAAGGCUUAGGUAAAUAUUGUGACCCAGACUUCGUAAGAAACACUUCGAAAGAGAUGCAAGAAGCUUUGGACAUGACACAAGAGGAAAUGGAUCGCGCUGCUCACCAGUUGUUGCAACACGAACGGCAGUUGAGAACCCGCGGAGGACAAUCUAGCCCGGUGGAUCGUAUAGCACAGCCCCAGAAGUUAUAGCAUCCCUCAAAUGAAUCUCUCUCCACUCUACCAAGUGCCUAAUAAUUUUUUCUGGUCCAAGGAAGACUAAAAAAUUAUUAAUAAUGUGUAGUUUUAUAACCCGAACUUUUACUUUAAUUAAAUGGAUUGUUUCUCCAGUUACAAAAAUUCCAUGUACAGGGUGUGAGAACAAGCUAUUAGGAACUGUCAUUACAUUUUUUGUAAUAUCAAAUGUGUCAAAGUAGCUGUAAAAAUAAAAUAAUUCUUUUCAAUAGAACAUACUUAGUAAUUAUGAAUCGUUGCCCGUUUUUUUUUAUCCAAUAUAUUAUACGCACAAACCACGAAAAUUUCAACAAGUCUUAUUCAUCUAAUGCGAUUGUUGUAAAUAUUGGGAUUUUAGUUGGGAAUUAUUAUAAAUAUUUUUACUGAGUAAACGAGACA